CAAAUCUUUCAAUAGAUAUGCAAGCUAACCCAAAGACAAAAUCACAAAAUCACAAAACCAACUUUUAGCAUUCCACAAAAACCAGUGGGUUCUAUUUUUUUGUUAUGAAGAUGAUUUUUCCUAUUUUCUUCGCGUUUUCACUCUUAGUUUCCCAUUCUUGUGCUAAUAUUCUUUUCGACUAUUGUGUUGGAGAUUUAAGCUUGCCAAGUGGACCAGCAGGAUACUCAUGUAAAGAUCCAACUACAGUCACUGUAAAUGAUUUUGUUUCUUCUAAUUUGCGUGUUCCUGGAAACACAGCAAAUAUAUUUAAAUUUGGUGCAACCACAGCACUUGUAAAUCAGUUUCCAGGUAUAAAUGGUAUGGGAAUUUCUAUGCUACGAUCAGAUAUGGAUGUAGGUGGAGUCGUACCAAUCCACACACAUCGAGUGUCGGAAUUGAUCAUCGUCGUUGAAGGAACUAUACUUGCAGGAUUUAUUGACACAAAUAACACUGCAUUUUAUAAAACUUUAAACAAAGGGGAUGUGAUGAUCUUACCACCAAUACUACUUCACUUUCAAGUCAACGUAGGAUCAACUCCGUCAGUUGUAUAUGCAACCUUUCCAAGUGAAAAUCCUGGAGUCCAAGUUCUUUCCGCUGCUUUGUUCCAAAGCAGCCUACCAUCAGAAAUUGUUGAGAAGAUCACUUUGCUCGAUCAUGCACAAGUGAAGAAGCUCAAGAAGGUCUUUGGUGGCAUAAACUGAUUACAAAUUAAGCUACGCUGCAUUAGAUUGAUCUCGUCCAAAUUAAGUUGUAUCAUGUAUGUUCUGCAUCUUUAAUAAAAUGCUGCUAGUAUUAAAUAUGAGACGUGCUGCCAAAAAAAUUGAAACAGAUAUAUAACCUUA